AUGUCGUGUAACAUAGAACCGCCUAAAAACGAUUACGAGGAACCCACACAAGAAUCUGUCAUUCCGGUGGAUACAUGCUGCAGUGCAUCUCCUGUUAAAUGUCUAUCCGAAACUAAAGUUCUACACAAUUCGACACAAUCUUUAACUCGAUGUCCAGUCGAUAUUCGCUGCAGUAGACAAAAUCUUAUUACACCAGUAGCAGACUACAGUAAAGAGAAAUCAUGUAGUGAGUUGUAUUCGAACGAUUUAUGUCCAGAGGUGGAGGCUAAAAAACAAAAAGAGGACUGCACUGUUGAUGGUAAAGAUAAUAUAGACGGCGAUAAUAAUGGUAAUGAUAUUAAAGACGACGAAACAUAUAAAAACAUAGGUACCAAAGACCCCGAAAAACCUAAACCCCCGCCCGUUCCUGUUAAAACGAUUAAAAGCAUGGGGAAAAAAAUCACUAAACCAAAAACGUCAAACAAAUAA